AUGAAUAUUAGGAUAAUAUGUAACCUAAAGUUGAUAUUAGCUUUAGUCCUUUAUCCAGUCCUAAUUCGUGCCAAGGGAGGGGGUGCCGGAGAGGAUGGAGGUGGCGGAAGUUAUGGCACCUCUGGCAGUUCCAGCAAUAGAGGAUACUAUAGUUCCGGAUGGGUUUUUUGGUACAGUGAUGGAACAUGCGGGCAGUACUGUAUCAUUACAUUUUCAAUAGUGGGCGUGCUCACAUUUUUAAUACUACUUUGCGGCGUAUGGAGGUGCUAUCUCAUCAAACGCUAUUAUAAGGAAGACAGAUUAAGCGCCAGAUUGGACCUUGAACAGGACUUCGCUGAAUUGGGUACAGAUGAUGACAUGCCGGAGCAUCAAGCUGCUAUUGCUCAACAAUAUCCACCAUUACCGAAAAAACAAAAGAAUAAUCCUCCACCGUCAUAUGAUGAAGUUUCAGCUGCCCCAGAAGAAUCGUACUUACACGGACUACGGAAUAAUGCAACUUGGCAAGCCUAUAAAGAAGGUCAAAAAUUCAAUCGUGAAAACCCACCCUAUGAAGUUUUUCCGCCAGCCGAACAUAUCGAGUACAUAAUAACAUCAGGUGGACCAGUAGCAUGGAGAAUUAUUCUGGAAGAAAGCGUCAGAAAUAAUAAUCUUGCGAGCGUAGAGGAUAAUGGACGCGUCGUGCAAUUUCUCGGAAAAAAUUCAGAUAAGAUGGUGCAGACAAACUAUCCUCUAUUUAGACCUCAAGAAUAUGAUUUGGAUAACGAAGUUAGUCCUACUUCCUCGACGGUAUUGACUCAUGAACGAAGAACUCUACAAUCAUUCUCAAUGGACACCGUACAGUAUCCGCCGCCUGCAUACAACAAAGGUUCAACAUUAUCAACAUUAUCUCGUGAAAGUCUCUCUGAAUGGUUUUAUUACUAUGAAAUAACUAUACUAUCAAACCCCAGGAAGAGAGGUUCGACUAUCGCUAUAGGACUGGCAACGAAACCAUAUCCACCGUUUAGGUUACCGGGUUGGCAUAAGGAAUCCGUAGGAUGGCAUUCUGAUGAUGGGCGUAAAUUUUACAAUGAAAGCUAUGGAGGAAGAACUUAUAGCGAAAUAUGGGGCGAUGUUGGUGAUGUCAUUGGUUGUGGUUACUAUCCUAAGACUGGAAUAGUGUUCUUUACAAAGAACGGACAAAGAAUGGGGAAUGCUUUCAGCGGGCUGAGACACAUAUGGUUCCCGACGGUUGGUGCUGAUAAUGACAGCAAGAUUGAAUUCAACUUUGGGGGAAGUGAAAAGGAAUUUCGAUAUAGGGAAGCUAGAAAGACUAGUGUCGCGGGUCCUAUAAAAUCAAGUUCCGAUGUUUCUACCAGUUCACUAGGGGAGCUCUAUGACGGAGGCACUGGUUAUGGAAAAGAAGGAACGUGA